GGAUUUCUAUUUCUUUUGCUCACUUACUCACUUCUAGCUUAAUUCUACAGCUGCACUGCACUGCGCUGUGCUACAUUACUGCAAAGAGCAGCAACACACCAUGGCCACCCCCACAGACGCCCCUCCCGACUCCCACAUCGACCAUGCCGCCUCCCUCCGUUACUGGAACUCCGUCGCCGCCAACACAAAGACCAUGCUGGGCAUGCUAGGCUCGUACCCAUGGUACACGCGCAUCGAUCUCAGAGGAUCUAAGACUUUUUUCGGCAAAGUCCGCCGUAUGAUCCCCAAUUGCCCGACGGAGGGGAAGCUCCCUCUCGGCGUGGACUGCGGCGCGGGCGUGGGUCGCGUCACCGAGGGUCUCCUCAGCCAAGUCUGCGAGCGCGUCGAUGCCGUCGAGCCCAUUGAGAAGUUCACCGAGGUGAUUCGCAACUCGGAGCUGAAACGCACUGGUGUUGUCGGGGAUAUCUACACAAUGGGUCUGGAGAAUUGGUAUCCUGAGAAGAACAAGUACGAUUUGAUCUGGACGCAGUUCUGCGUGGGACAUCUUACGGAUGUGCAGUUGAGGGAGUACUUUGUUCGAUGUCGGGAGGCCUUGACGGAGACGGGGAUAAUGAUCGUGAAGGAGAAUCAGUCGACGGAUCCGAAUGGGUGGGAUAUGUUUGAUGAGGAGGAUAGUAGUGUUACGAGGACGGAUGAGAAGCUUCGGACUCUGUUCAAGGAGGCCGGGUUGGUGCUUGUUGCGUCGGAAUUGCAAUUGGGGUUCCCGAAGAAUUUCAAGCUGUUGCCUGUGAGGUUUUACGCGUUGAGGCCGUCGACUUGAGAGGACGUUGGGAGUUGAUUCAGUGAUGUGAAUACAGCGGUGCUGUCCACCUGGUUUGCUGGAGGCGCUGGUAUCGUCUGCUGCUGGGACUUGAGAGUGAAUGCAGAUUCCGAUGACUUAGGAGCCGAGGCUCGUGUCCGACUAUCAGUGUGGAC